GAAAAAAGGAGGUGGUGGAGAUGCAUGUGGAAUAAUAGGAAUAGAAGGAGACGAACGAGAAAGAUUAGGUUAGACUGAACACAACCGCGUCAACCCGCAUCUCCCAACUCCCCCCCUACUGCGGCACCAGUCACUCCAUCUCGCUUCGACGUGCGUUCCAUCUGAUUCGUGCGCGCUUAAGAGACGAAGACGAUAAAACAGAAAGAGAGUGAGAGAGAAAGAGAAGUUUAGAAAAGAGAGUGAAACAGUACGGAGAAUCCGAGAAAAAGCGGGAGAAAAACACGAAAAUGCAGAUCGUCGAUGGGAUCCUAGUUGUUAGAUCAGCGCUUCAAUACGUAUCCUCCAAUACGGGCAUGCAACGUUACAUCGACAGACUUUCAGGGAAGCGGCGGCACGUGCGCCGGAGUUCGGGCCCAGGUGGCGGAGUCCGGAUCGCCGAAGAAACGCAAGAAAGAGAAAUUAACGACAGUGAAUAUGAGGUGGGAGGCAUAGAACUCGAAAAGAUUAGCUCACCAGCGGCGACGAGUGAAGUCUGCUGUGACGACAAAAGUCUUACCAACAUUUACUAUUCCUCAUCGCCUCAUCUUCACCAUCUUCAUCGCCAUCGUAGUCAUCAUCAUCUGUCGUCUCGUCGACGGUAUCGAAGGGACACCGAUGACGGCAGAAACAGCAACGACGUUUGUGAUGACGACGUCAAUGAGAACAACGACGACAACAAUGACAGCGAAACGUGUCUCGAACGUUUCCAUCCUUGUCUUCGUCAGCGACUUUACGAUGGACGGUCCUGCAGGAGCAGCAGCGACGUUAACGCUCGAGUCGACAUUGACCACGUCGAAAUCCAUCGAACCGAGACAACGACUGUCCAUCCUCUUGUACGAACUUCACCCGCUACAGCGACUAAUACCGCUACUACCAUUACCAACCCUUCGAUCGCCACUGCUAUAACGAGAGGAUGCAAAAUUCCACCCUACUUCGCGCUACUGCUUCUUUCCUACACCUUCUUGGGUGUAGCAGAAGCCUGCUCGUCGCGCUCAACACCAAAACCAAGGCCGCCAACGUCAACGGAUCGGCCGAAUAUAACAUUCCACAUGUACACAUGUCCACCGGAUUACGCGGAGUGGUAUUGUUUGAACGGUGCCACAUGUUUCACCGUGAAAAUCGUCGACUCUCUCUUGUACAAUUGUUUAUGCGCCAACGGAUACAUCGGACAGAGAUGUGAAUUUAAAGAUUUGGAUGGUUCCUAUAUACACUCGCGGCAACAAGUACUGCUAGAGACAGCUAGUAUCGCCGGUGGUGCCACAAUAGCAGUAUUUCUCGUCGUUAUUAUUUGUAUAGCGGUUUACAUCCAUUUUAAGCGAAAGCAGAAAGAAUUACGCUCGAGCAGUAACUGCGUUGACACGGUAGAUGGUCCUGGCCGUGAUUCGGCCGAACUGAGGCCGUUUAGCAACCGCAGCCGUUCUCUUAUGAUUUUCAUGGCCAAGAACCCUAACAGUUCGGCAACGAUAGAGCAGACGAGAAUGCCUACCUGGAAUUGUCCGGAAGCAGAAUCAAUGAAGACGGACGCUUCUAUCAGCGAGAGCAAACAUUUUAGUCAAUAGCGAACUACAUAAAUAAAUGUGUGAUGCGUCGUCGUAACGAUUCACAAUUGGCAAUGCAAAAUGUAAAAAAGAUCGUCAAUUAAUCUACCGAAAGUACACGUCGAGAUACUUGGAGAUAACAAAGAACACAGUCUUAAGUAACGAAAACUUGUUGAUUAUUCAACUAAUUCGAUUCGGCGAAUAGAUUUGUCAUGAUCGUAAUAACGAGCGGUACUGAGAUAAACGAAGUCAAGUACCUUGAUACUUUCCGAUCUAUAGUGGCACGUACCGAUGCGAUAGCGUCCUUUCAAUCGCUUUAUCGUACAUUGAGACAUUCCCGAACUAUUACACUUGUUGAGUCUUUUGAUCAAAGGUACGUUUUGAUGCUUGUCGAUUAUCUUUCUAACGAGUACCUCGAUGGACCAUCUUUGGAGCAAAUGUCAACAGUUUAAAAACGAAGAACUCCUCUCACGAAGAAUGUGUGGUGUGUUUAUAAAAUCUUUUUUUUUUAUUUAUGUUCUUCAAUUUUUGUUUUUGAGAACUGACAGGUUUGUAUCCAUCGAAUAUUGUCUUUAUGCGAAUGUUACUGUAUCACCAUUAUAUUAAGAAAAAAAUAGAUGUAUGAGUUGCAAAAGUAGUGCCUUUUUACUCUCGUUCGUAAGAAAGCUAGAGGUACACUGGAGAUCUCUUGAGAGAUCAAAUAGAACAUUUAUCUAUUUAUAAAUCUUAAAUUUCCCUAAAAUCUGCGUCGUCCAAAUCGCUAAUCGUGUUUACAAGCGCGGGACGCUGACACGCCUAGUGAGCGAUCUUCAUAAAAAAAAAAAACGACACAAAAAAUUAACAGUCGGAAAAAAAUAAUAGACAAGAUAUCAAAAUCUUUGAUGCUUGGUACGUGCUGUUUGUAUUUAAUUUACAUAUUUAUCAUUUGUCAAAAACUUCGAUUCGAUUUUUCUUUUGCAAAUAUGUGUAUCACUAAUGUAAGUUCAUCACGCGCCUCAUGUUUCUCGCGGAAGUUUAAUAUAUUGCAACUUUUAUUAGAUUGCUUUGUAUAUCUAUUAGAUUCUUCCAGAAAAAGUUAAAGCGGAACGCGAUUAACCGUACCAUUAGUAUCAAGGAGUUGAUAGACCAUAUGUCUUAUAUAUAUAUAUAUAUGUAUAUAAAUAUAAAAUACAUAUAUAUAUAUAUAAAAAUAUGUGUGAGAGAUAUAUAUACGAUAAAUCUAGAUUAAAUCCGACGUCUUACCAGAAAGCAAUAGUUCUCUGAACACGUAUGUUUUUUGCCACUAAACAAUAGAAAUGCUAUCUAUUUAGCAGUUACUAACAUGUUAGAAAAUUUAUUGACGUCAGAUCGCCAUCCGGCGUUGUACUCUGUUAUGUAUUGACAAAAUAUUUUCUCAACUCGCUUUGUCCAUAUAACAAGUAUCCUUUACAAUAAAUCUUAGGCACACAAUGACGUACUUAUAGUGAAACAAUGUUUAGUUCCAUAUCUGUAAAAAAUUGAGCGAUAGAAGAUAUGAAAAAUAUAAAAUACUAUUAGAGAAUAGAACAACAAAUACACACUAAAACAAUAUAAUAAAUUCAAAUUGACCUUGUAAGCAUAGAUUAUAUAAUUUUUUUUUUUUUAUGAAAAAAUGUUAUUACACGAGAUUAUUCACUUUAUUUGCUGUGUAUGACAGAAAAUUAAAAAUUUUUCUAACAUUUUUGUUUCUGUCUUCACAUUUAAAGUGGAAUUGUUGAAUGAUAUAUACAUGUACAUAUAUAUAUCAUAUAGCAAGAUAAUAAGCCCAACAAUAAUUAUUUUUUGUCAAUACGUGUCCUGUCCACAUCAAACAAAGCUACAACAUACCGUCAUAUUGUUGAUUGUUUGUCAAUUAAACAAGAAAAAAUACUAUUGCGCUUUAAUUCCAAUUUAUAUCAAUCAUGCAUCGUUUCCAUUACUUAUUUAUUUAUUUGAAUAAAAUAUUUGAAUUAUUUCUAAUUAUAUGCACAAUACUGCAAGAUUAAUUUAUAAUUGUCCUCACACAUCACUUUUUCAUUUAAAGCUUUUUAAAUUUUAGGUUAUAUGGUUAACUGAUUAAUGUAUGUGCGCGUAUGUGUGUGUGUGUGUAUGUGUGUAACACCAUAAAGGCUACAUGUUAACAACGCGAUAGGAUGAAAUUAAUAUGAUUUGGAAGAAGCUACCUUUGUGCUACAUCAUGUGCGUAUGAGGCUGGGCCUCUUGUUUGUCAUUUUGCCUCAGCUUCUUGUAAAUAAUAAAUUUAUACUACAUUAAAAACACUUUAAUUUUUGCUGCAACAUUGAUUGUAAAAAAGCAAUAUUUUCAUCUAACCGCGUUGUACUACGUUGCACAUAUUCUGUCACCUCUGUAUCAUUAUAAUACCACAAUGUGCUGCAAUAAAAGUUUCAAAUACA